AUGAAACUCUCACGAUUCCUCCUCCACGGAUUCGCAGGGCCGGCAUCCGCAGCCCUCAGCGGCUCCUUGUCAGUUCUUUCCUUCAACGUCGCCGGCCUCCCGGAAAUAAUCAACGGCAACGACGUGCCGGGCGACAAGACGACAAACACGGAGAUCAUUGGCGAGCGCUUUGUCGAGUAUGGCUACGAUAUCGUCCAAGUUCAAGAAGACUUCAACUACCACGCCGCCCUCUACAGAACAGCAACAUACCCCUACCGCACCUCGACCUCCGGCGGCGUUCCCUUCGGCUCGGGGCUGAACACCCUAGCAAACUACCCCUGGAUCGACUUUGAAAGAGUGAAAUGGGACGUCUGCGAGAGUGCGAGUGGAGCGGAUUGUCUCACCCCCAAGGGCUUUACAGUUAUGAGGGUGAGGAUUGACGAGGGGGUUUAUCUUGACGUUUAUAAUCUGCAUGCGGAUGCGGGAUCAGAAGAAGCAGACAUCUCCGCCCGCGCCGCAAACCUGCAGCAGGUAUCCGACUACAUCACGACGAACUCAGUCGGAAACGCCGUUCUCGUCCUCGGGGAUACAAACGCGCGGUAUACGCGUGUCGGCGAUGGGAUCCGCAUCUUUCACACCCAGAACGAGCUGAUCAAUCCCUGGGUCGAACUUAUCCUUGACGGCGUCGAGCCAGUCGAGGGCGCUGAUGCGGUCGUCUGUGGGAAUCCGACGACUAGCCAGACUUGUGAGACUGUUGAUAAGAUCUUCUACCGGGGCAGCCGCGCCCUCGCCCUCCGCGCAACAUCGUGGAGCUACGAGGACGAGAAAUUCCUCAACAACGGAUCCAUCCUCUCAGACCAUAAUCCGAUCUCGAGCACGUUCGCCUGGUCGCGGUCGGGGCAGUUCCGCAUGAGUGAUUUGUUUGGCGGGCCGCAUGGGACGUGGUUCAACGACCUCCCCACCCUCCCAACCACAACGGGUACCAGUAUAAAACUCUCCAAAAUCAUCCUCCGCGGCGGAAACCGCCUCGACGGGCUAACCCUCACCCUCUCCACGGGCUCAACAACCACACACGGCGGUAACGGCGGAACGCCCGUUGAGCUCGAGCUCGGCGCCGACGAGUUCUGGACGGGGACGAGGCUGUGUCAGGGGAAGCAGAACGACCAUACGCGGAUCUUCUAUAUUGAGGUUACGACGAGUGCAGGGAAUAGUAUCUCGGUGGGGACGGAGACGGAGGAGUGUGUGGAGUAUCAGGCUGAGAGUGGGUGGCAGGUUCUGGGGGUUUAUGGGAGGGAUGGAGAUGAAGUUGAUCUGUUAGGGGUUGUUUAUGGGGUGCGUGGCUAA